CAUCGCGACACCACCACAGGGCUUUAUGUCAACCCAACCAGAUAACGAUGGUUUGUUUACACGGCUUAGAAAGGUUUUUGCGGUUCUCGGGUUUCUCUACCUGGGAGCAGUCAUGCUUCUAGCAUUGCCCUGGGUUCAGUCUCACAUACUGUACAUGAAUGCCUUGAAGCUACCUUGGAAUGCGCGCUUUGACGCACCGGAAAUGCAUGGUCUUGCACCUGGAAAAACGGCGAAUAUCAAGAUUCAGACCGUAGACAAUCACACUAUUGGUGCAUGGUUCAUGCUCUCAGAUUCAAUAUAUCACGACUUGCCCUUUCCCCCGCCUCCAUCUGCUGCGGAAUUGCACAUUCCAGAGGCCUUGGCCCAGCGACCGACUGUACUCUUCUUCCACGGCAACGCUGCAACGCGGGCUCUAAGCAUGCGCAUUCACCUAUAUUCUGGGUUUACCUCACGCCUGAAUGCAAAUGUCCUAGCAAUAGAUUAUCGUGGAUUCGGGGAUAGUUCCGGCACACCUACAGAGGACGGCUUGUCGAUAGAUGCAAGAGCUGCAUGGGAUUGGCUAAUUGCGCAAGGUGCUUCACCGCAGGAUGUCCUUAUAGUCGGGCACAGCUUGGGUACUGCAGUGGCGUCCAGACUUUCUGCCAGCCUCUCCGAAGAUGGCGUCAAGUUCAAAGGGACUGUCCUUAUGUCUCCUUUCUCCUCGCUCCAUACUCUGCUAGAUACCUACAACAUUUUCGGCCUAUUUCCUGUCAUGUUGCCCAUUAACAUGAUACCUCGAGCAGCCGAUAUCUAUAAGAGUUUUCUCGUCCACAAGUUUGACACGUUGUCGGUGAUAUCGAAAGUCAAGGUACCGAUAUUGAUCCUGCACGCGGAGGAUGAUUGGGAUAUUUCACACACCCACUCCGACGCUCUAUUUGAUGCACUCCUGGAACCCUAUCUCCCUCCUGUCAACUCCCCAUCAGCAAGCCAAGAGUCGUGGUCAGUACAGCAGUGGAACGAGUACCAUGCUCAACUGGUCACGCGAAGGGAAAUACGAGAGACAUUACUGACCCGUACCGUCAUCCCCAACUUCGGGUUGAUGGAUCAGUUUGAGGGUUUUGGGGAACGAAUCACUCUCCUCAAAACUUCCACUGGUUCUCACAACGAUGUUGGUACUCUUGAGGGUGUCCAGGAAGUGAUACGCGUUACAUUCUUCAAACCUGAAGCUCUGCAUUGACAAUGAUAGGAUUUCGGCGAUAGCGUAUUUGUAUUACAGGAGACGAUCCGCGCAUCAAAAAUGUUGAAAGGCGGCCAGUGCAUAGAAACUUGCCAAUACGAUGAAUUGUGUCUAUAAGGCCAGCUGCCAACUGUACGAUACAGCUGCUGAACCCUUGACAAUUAUACAAACCAACAUAAAGUAUUACAACCUGCAAACCGAGAAACUACGUUUCUGCCUGCCUCAUUGCGCGCUCAGCAUCCAGCGCUAGAUGCAAGUCGAUUUCUAAUUCCUCCUGAGUAUGC